ACGUUUCUAAUCAUGGUAAAUUGGACACAUAAUUUAGAGCUAGCAAUGUGGUUAUCCGCAAGUGAUACUCUUCUAAAACACUUGCAAUUUUUAAGCCAAAUGUAAAAAUAACUUGAGCUGCGCCAGCCAAUAAGCUGUGCUGUCAGAUUGGUAUGCGACAGCUAGCUAGCUAGAGCUGCUCAAUUUAGUAAGCUAAACGCACGAUGUAUGACAUUGCUUGCAUAACAACUUUAACGAACCAAGAAAUAAAGAUAAUAGGCUAGCUAAUAUCGGAUUAGUAGUAGUGGCUAGUAGUUAGAAACCAUCACACAACCCGGUGUCGUGACUCGUGCGGUGGUGGUGGCCAGCAGCAGCUUUUUUGCUUGUUCACGUGCGUCGCCCUGGGCGCUGCGCAGAUUCAUUCAAUUCUUCUUAUCUGAAUCUUUAAAUUAUUUGUAUGAGUGUUAUUUCACGAAAUCAGAUCUCAACAUGAGCAGCAUUUUACCCAAAUCCACCCGUAUGGACAUUGUGUGGAUCACAUGACCAUAGAAUUGUAGGGCAUAUCCAAAUAGAGUACCAUAGAAUGAGUCAUAAUACCCAUACAACCUAGUGGUCAAAGAAGGAAAUGGUUCCAAUCGUUUUUCCACAAUGGAUUCUUCCCAUAGUGGAUUUUAGAAACGGCUAAAAUAAGGGCUAUGUUUCGUGUAGGAUUACCCUGGCAUGGUGUUUUGAUAACCGUGUAAAUCUCUCUAGGGCAAGUUGACUUAUCAAUAUAUUGACCUGUAUUUACCCCCCCAAAAUGAAAUGAUAAUUAGCUGAUAAUGUGGAAAUCAUAAAGACCUACAAAUGCCAUGAUGAUUUGGACGAGACUGCUGAAUUGAGGUAAAGGUAAGAAUCACUGGAUUAACUAUCUAAUGUUAGCUAAAUUUUGUAAUUAAAAAAUUGGCUAAAUUCCUUUUAAAUGGGCAAUUCUGUAAGAGAUGACGUGCAGGAGCUUGCAGUGAUUUGUAGUCUUGUAUGAUGUCUACUUUGACUCUAAUUAUCUUUUUUUAUUUUUUAUCUAAGAGUAAAUAGAGCUGAGCUGAGCUUGGCCUCUAAGACCCUCACAAACUUCUACAAAUGCACCAUUGAGAGCAUCCUGUCGGGCUGUAUAACUGCCUGGUGCGGAUACGGCACUGUCCGCAACCACAGCCCAACGCAUUGCCGGGGGCACAUUCCCUGCCCUCCAGGACAGUUACAGCAGCCGGUGUCACAGGAAGGUCAAGAAGAUCAUCAAGGACCACAGCCAUCCGAGCUACGGCCUGUUCAUUCUGGUACCAUCUAGAAGGCGAGACUGAGAAACAGCUUUUAUCUCCAGGCCAUCAGACUGUUGAACAGUCACCACUAGCCUUAGUCACUAUUCUAGCCAGCUACCACCCGAUACUUUACCCUGCACCUUACUGCCCUGUGUACAUAGUUAUUGAACACUGGUUACUUUAAUAAAGUUUGCAUACUGUUUUACCAACUUUAGGUGUAUAUACUGUAUUCUAUAUAACUACUGCUGUACGCACCUUUUCUAUCCAUAUACUGUCCAUACUGUCUUUUCACACCAUUAUAUUUAUGUACAUUAUACAUUUUUAUUUUCUGUUCUCUGACUUUGCUCAUUAUGAUGUUUCUCAAUUUUCUGGAUUAUGUGUGUAUUUAUUUAUUUGUAUUGCUAGGUAUUUCUGCACUGUUGGGGCUAGAAACACAAGCAUGUUUCUGCACCUGCUAUAACAUCGCUGUACCUGACCAAUAAACUUUGAUUUGAGCUGCUCAAAGUGACAACCAUUUGAGAGCUGCGCGCUCUUGCUCCCCAUCGGAUUAUUCCGCUCAAACUAGGCUGAAGUGGGCCACUGAUGUGGAUGAUCGACUCGCCCGGAGGGUUUCCAAAACCUCCCUUGGCCAGCGGGCAGCCCUGCAUAUUUCACACUGAUUUGUGAAGGAAGAGAGACCAUGUGGAAGUCACAUGAACAACAAGGAUGAGACAAAAACAACUGGGAGUUAACUUGUUGAGGAGAGGACUGCUGCCGCCCAACUUCUCCCUCCAACUGGGGAUUUGCUGCCUGUCCCACCCUCCACCCAAACAUAUGCAAUGAACAGCACUACUCAGCCCCCUGCCAUCAUAGACGGGGAUGUGGCAGUCAGUUCCGUGUUGGUACCAUUCUUCCUCAUCACCUUUAUCGGGAUAGCUGCAGCUGUGGUGAUGUAUGUGCGCAGGAAGAGAAGAAUUGACAGGCUCCGGCACCAGUUGCUUCCAGUCUAUACCUACGACCCCUCAGAAGAAUUACAUGAAGUUGAACAGGAAAUGCUGUGGAAAGAGGAAGAUACUAAGGUGGUGAAGGGUUGGGCACGGUCCUACCAGCAGCAACGUCCCCUGUUGAUGAAAGAUGCCCAUGCAUGAGUGUGUUGGAGCAGGACAUCGAUCUGUGCCAUCCUACAGAUCAGUGGAGUUAACCCUUGAGAUGCCAGAUUUGUCAAUCAUUAAACACAAAGUUUUUUUUAGGAAAAGCAUGAGAAAUGGGAACAGCCUGUCAUACGUUUGCAUCAUCAUCUUUGUCAUUAUCAUCCAUCAGUCAUCACCAUCUCUAUUGGAGCAUUUACUUUGUACAGCGUCAGCUUCUAAGCUAAGGGGAGGUUGGUUAUUAUGUGAACCUCUGAAGCCAUGCCCGUUUUCACGAAAGCCAUACCCAAAACCACGGCACGUUGGCUAACUACUAGUGGACAUUAUUUAUUUGAGACUAUUUAUUCAUUUUUUUUAAAACUGUGUUUGUGUGUAUGAUUAUGUGGGUGUUACUGAAACAUUUGCCUUAAUGUCCAUUGUUACUGUUUUAAGUAGUACUAUACCAGUGAGAUUAGCAAAGCCUUGACCUUGGGUGGGAGACUUCCCGUUGUACUACUAUUUUUAGUGAUGUAAAAUUAGGUUACUAUGUCCCUCACUACUCAAUGUCAUAAGUUAAACAGAUGUGCAGUCAAUCAAUUUGAGUCCUGCAAUUUCCCUUGUUUGUUGCACUGUGAAUACCAUAAUCAAAGCAACCAAAGGAAUACCUCCUUCUCGUCAUCAUCCAGAUAUGUGAUGAUAAAACGGUGGUGAAGAGAGAGCAAGAUUGUUUCCUGUUCUCUCUCUAUUUUGUUUCACUUGAGUUGUUUCAAACAUCACAUUCAGAAAUAGGAUGUGCAGAGAGAGAGAACCCUCUGGCUGUAUCUGGGAUGUCACAUAAUGGCCAAUGAAUGUAGAUAGUGAACCAGCCUCCCCUACCCCACCCACUCCUCUCCAUUAUUUAGCUGUGACUACUGCCCUAAAAAUGUCCUGUCUGGAAGACAGGGCAACAGGAUUAUUGUUCUUCUAACAGAGGAAUGUCAUAGGCCUGACUGUAUGCAGGAAACCUCAUGUGUCAUUAAAGAAAUGAGUGAACAGUGAUUCAUCCUUGUAUAAUGUGCUCUAGUCUAGGUCACCCACCUUUCCUCCUUGCAUUUGUGAAUGUCAUUCAGGAUGAGAGAUGAAGGCUCCCAUUUGAAAUCAACCAUCUUAUCAGCGCAUGUCUAUGUAUGUAGGAGUCCACUCAAUAAUUUAAACAGGGAAAUAUAUAUAUAAUGUAUUUCCAUUCAUUUGAAUGUGGAAUUUAGACUUUUGACUUGAAUAAUUGACUUUUUCCUGAAUGCUAACAGCUAUGUAUUACGCUCCACUAUUUAUAAAGUUAAUUCCCAUGCAAAUGAAACAAUGCAUUCGAUUUAAAAUGCGGAGUGUGUUCUGAAAAGAAAAUACAGGACAGACUGAUGAAAAUACAAAUUCUACAUGUAAUUUUGACAUUACUUAUCAAGAUUUUGCACACUUGUUCAAGACUGAUUUAUUUUUGUUGCUUUUCAAUUGAAGCACUAAUUGUCUGUCCAUGAAGUAAACUUGUAUGCAUCUUAGUGAGAAUAUGGACUUUUUAUAGAUGGUCUGGAUGUAAAGCAAAAAUAAAAUGGAAAGGAGUUCCUA